AUGACUCAAGCAUUAAGAAUAUUACGUGUAUUUAAAAUUUCAAAAAUAUCACGUGGAUUAAGGGUACUCAUAUUGACAGUGAAAAAGAGUAUACCCGAAUUAGUGUUACUGGGAUUCUUAUUAAUGAAUGGAAUGUUUUUGUUCUCAUCAAUGAUGUAUAUAGCUGAAUAUCGUGUUAAUGAUACAUUUCCUGAUAUACCACAAUCAUUUUGGUGGUCAAUAAUCACACUAACAGCAGUUGGUUAUGGUGAUAUGCAUCCUAAAGGUGGAGCAGGUUAUUUUGUUGGUUCACUGACAGCAAUAUCUGGAUGUAUUGUAACCGGUCUAGCAAUACCAAUAGUUGGAAAUAAUUUUAACACAUAUUACAAAUAUAUGAAAAAUCAGUUAAUGGAAGACAAAUAUCUAAAAACAUUACGUAAAGAUAUGGAGGCAACAGGAGGUGUAAGUGGAACAAAAUCAGGUAUUGGUGUAGCCGCUGAAAAAGGUGGUUUACCAUUACCAGGCAGAAAACCACGUAAUAUUAAUCGAAGAAAUAUUCGAGGUGAUAAAAUUACCAAGAAUGAUCGUAUGAAAAAUAGUCUAAUGACUAUGAUAGAGGUGUGUACACGAUUCAUAAAACGUUUAUUACCAACCCGUUUAAUUCAUAGGAAAAAAUGCAAACCAAUCGGUGUGCCUAAAACAAAUACCACUGAUUCUAUGCAGCUAUUAACAGAGAAUCAAAAAUUUCCAAAUUCAUUCACUUGUAAAACAACAGUAUCUGAAAUGACUGAAAGAAGGAUUAGUUAUAGAAAUCAAAUUAACUCAUCAACUAAUCUUAUACCAUGCAAUAUGAAAUUGAAUGGUGAUAAAUUAGAAAAUGAACACAGGCCUAGUUUAAUAUAUCCCUUAGCAACAGAUCAAUUUUUAAAUUCACUUCUACCAUCUCAAUUAUCAUCAAUUUCAACACCACAAAUAUGGGUGGAUGCAGAAGAACUAGAUGAUGCUCUAUCUUCAGUCAGUCAUGUAUAUGACACUAGUAAUAAGAAUGGUACAAGUUCACUACAACCAGUUUGUACUUCAUUAUCUACAGAUCCUAAUGAGUUAGUUAAUAAAGCUGUUGAAUAUCAUCAAGUUUAUUCAAGAAUGUCUAUAGUCUCUGAAGAGAUAUUUCCUAACUCUAUACAAAUUGCAUCUGAAUUACCAUCUUUCACAGCACCAAAUGUUCCAGAAAUUAUUCAAAAUGAUUAUGAAAUUCUUUCAAGUGGAGAAGAUGGAGAUGAUGAACAAGAAGACUCGAAUUUAGAAAUGAAAUCAAUGACAUUAAAGACUAAAUUUCAGAAUAAAUGUGAAACUAUUACUAUCCGAAGACAAUCUAUAUCACCAACAGCUUCAAAAUCACGAAUAACAAAUGCAUCAGUUAAUUGUAAUAAUAACAAUACUAACAACAACAAAAAGCUUAGUAAUAGUAAUAAACCAAUUACGAAACGAAUGAAUUAUGUAUAA